CUGCACGUCGGUGGGAUUCAAUUCAAGUCCGGGUCACCAUGCCAUUCUGCCAGGACAAAAUAAAGCAGUAGAAGUUCACAUUUUGGUAAGAAGCGGGAUAAAAUAGUUGUAUAUUAAUUGAGCCGAGAUCUUCGUUUGGUAUAGAUUUCUGCUGAUCUUAUACAGACAGGACAUUUCCUCUUCGGUUGUGAGCGAUUUCUUAUAAAAAUGGCUCCAACUAUUCAAACCCAAGCUCAACGAGAAGACGGCCACAGCAGACCAUCAUCUCACAGAACUGUUCCAGAAAGGUCAGGAGUGGUCUGUCGGGUGAAAUACUGCAACAGCCUUCCAGACAUCCCCUUUGAUCCAAAAUUCAUCACAUAUCCAUUUGAUCAGCACAGAUUUGUACAAUAUAAAGCCACAUCUCUGGAGAAGCAGCACAAGCAUGAACUCCUGACUGAACCAGACCUCGGGGUCACCAUCGACCUCAUCAAUCCAGACACUUAUCGCAUUGAUCCCAACAUUUUGUUGGAUCCUGCUGAUGAGAAACUGUUGGAAGAAGACAUCCAGGCUCCGUCCAGUUCGAAGAGGUCACAGCAGCAUGCCAAAGUGGUCCCAUGGAUGAGAAAAACUGAAUAUAUUUCUACAGAGUUUAACAGAUAUGGUGUCUCCAAUGAAAAAGUGGAAGUCAAGAUUGGAGUCUCUGUCAAACAGCAAUUUACAGAAGAAGAGAUCUACAAAGACAGAGAUAGCCAGAUUUCUGCCAUUGAAAAGACAUUUGAGGAUGCACAGAAAUCGAUUGCACAGCACUACAGUAAACCCAGAGUUACUCCUGUGGAGAUAUUGCCUGUGUUCCCAGACUUCAAGAUGUGGAUCAACCCAUGCGCUCAGGUCAUUUUUGAUUCUGAUCCUGCACCUAAGGAUAUAUCAGGACUAGCAGCAGUGGAAAUGAUGUCUCAGGCCAUGAUCAGAGGUAUGAUGGAUGAGGAAGGAAAUCAGUUUGUGGCCUACUUCCUGCCUAAUGAAGAAACACUACGAAAGCGCAAGAGAGAUUUUGAGGAAGGAAUGGAUUACAUGCCAGAAGAUCUGUAUGAUUACAAGAUUGCCAGGGAGUACAACUGGAAUGUCAAGAACAAAGCCAGCAAGGGCUACGAAGAAAACUACUUCUUCAUCUUCAGAGACGGAGAUGGUGUUUAUUAUAACGAACUUGAGACAAGGGUGCGUCUUAGUAAGAGAAGAGCCAAAGCCGGAGCACAAUCGACUACAAAUGCUGUGCUGGUGUGUAAGCACAGAGAUAUGAACGAGAAGGAACUUGAAGCUCAGGAAGCCCGUAAAGCUCAGUUGGAGAAUCAUGAGCCAGAAGAUGAAGAGGAGGACAUGGACAUGGACAAAGACAUGCAGGACUCUGGCGAUGAGAAAGAGAAGGGCAGUGGCAGUGAGGCAGAGAACUUUGGUAGUGAAUCAGAGAGAGAGGACGACGACCGGGAACAAAGAGAAGAUGAGGAUGAGGAUGAAGACAGAGGGAAGCGAAGAAGGAAAGCAAGUGGCAGCGGAAGCGAGAGUGGCGAGGAGAGGACAAGAGAAAUGCGGGAUGAGGAGGAGAUCUUCGGUAGUGAUGACGACGACAGCGACGACAACGAGCCCAAGAACUCGGCCAGGAGCAGCGGGGACGAGGGCAGCGGCAGCGAGGAUGAAGGAGGAAACCGAGGAGGCAGCAGGAGUCGCAGUGCAUCUCCAGCACACAGUGACCGCAGCAGCGACCAUUCAGAGGCCCGGGCUCAGAGUGGAAGUGGAAGUGAGAGAGGCUCAGAUUCCAGUGACGCUAGUGACAGUGAAUAAGCCCUGUGAUCUAGACAGCACAAUGAUCACCACCUGUCUCAACCGUAUGUUCAGCUCCAAGCAAAGCAAUUAUGCUGUCACUGUUCCGAUAAUGUGCCCAGUUUGGGCUUAUAGCCUCCUGAUGGUUAAGAAUAUGAGAUACUGUGCAACAUGUUAUUUGGGUUCGGGGUUGGGACAUUUCUACCAAAUCCAGUUUUUAUUUGUAGAUUUAGUUCACAAACAUGUAGUCAUUUGUAAACCACUCUCUGGUUUCUGUCUGUCAGGUAUUUGAUGCAGAAUCAUGUGAAAUAUCUAUGAUCUUUCCGCUUUGACUUGACAUUGUGUUACAGCAUUGAAGUAAUAAUAAAAUACAGGCAACAUUUCGUAAGAAAUUCAGUAAGCAAAGGUUGUUAUUUCUUAAUUUCACAUUUAUUUGGGUGAUCUCAUUUUUUAAGUCUGUUCUAAGUCAUACAUGUAAAGGAAAGUCUGUGCGCAGUUUUUCAGUUUCAAAUCAGUCUUAAUUGUCAUAAAAUUACAGUGACAAUCCCAGGUGAAAGUCAUGUACAAAAUAAAGGAGUCGCAAUGCCAA